AUGUCAAAUCUUACAAAACUCGAAUUUGUGGCUCUAGACAUCACUGGAAAUAACUAUUUAUCAUGGGUACUAGAUGCUGAAAUUCACUUAGAUGCAAAGGGUCUUGGUGAGACUAUUAAGGAAGGAAAUGAAAAAAGUACACAAGAUAAGGCCAAGGCCAUGACUUUUCUUCGCCAUCACCUCCAUGAAGGUCUAAAGACCGAAUAUUUGACUGUUAAGGACCCUCAAAUUCUUUGGGCCAAUCUAAAGGAAAGAUAUGACCACAAGAAAACUGUGAUUUUGCCUAAAGCUCGUUAUGAGUGGCUGAAUUUAAGAUUGCAAGACUUUAAGUCUGUUAGUGAUUAUAACUCGGCCAUGUUCAGAAUCACUUCACAAUUGAAUUUAUGUGGAGAGAAGAUUACUGAUGCAGAAAUGUUAGAAAAAACAUAUUCAACUUUCCAUGCAAAUAAAGUUGUUCUGCAGACACAAUAUCGUGAAAAAGGCUUCUAA